AUGAAUUCUUCGGUCAUAAAUUGCCAGUCAAUUGCCACUCUCUUGGACAACGUCAUUCCAUCGGCUCCUGACAUGCCUCGAAAUCAGUGGCGCUCGAGUAAAAAGCGGGGCUGCAGUGACGGCGACGACGACGACGACGACGACGGCGACGGUCCACCCGGCAUGAAAAUGACACCCAGUGUUAGUCUCUCGUGGGUAAUGAGAAGUCCCUCCGAGGCGCGGAGACUUGAACGCGCGUGUCGCGGAGAUCAAACGCCGGCCGCUGUGUCAGAGUCGGGUCAGACUAGGUCGCUUUCCUCGCAUGGUGCGUGCAACGCGAGUUGUUGUGGAAGUGACGGCCGGGUUCGGCAUGUGACGAACAUGUGGGAAUCUGUGGUAAAACUACGGCGCGGAGCGGCGGAAAGAACCGUAGCCGCGCUAGGACGGUGCUGCUGCGCUGUUGGCCUGCUUUUCCUUGCCACUCAAGAUAGAUCAUGGCUUACGAGUCCGCCAUUAACUUACGAGCUGCAUGGUGCGUGCAACGCGAGUUGUUGUGGAAGUGACGGCCGGGUUCGGCAUGUGACGAACAUGUGGGAAUCUGUGGUAAAACUACGGCGCGGAGCGGCGGAAAGAACCGUAGCCGCGCUAGGACGGUGCUGCUGCGCUGUUGGCCUGCUUUUCCUUGCCACUCAAGAUAGAUCAUGGCUUACGAGUCCGCCAUUAACUUACGAGCUGCAGUGA